AUGUCUGAAAACAGUUUGACCGGUGGUGGCUCCAUUUUGCCUCCACCGAUCACCAAAUCUGAGGAAGUCUCCGUUAGUCCCAGCGAGCUUAAACCCGAACUCCCAUCUCAAACAGAACCUGAACAAGACAAAGAGUCUGAACAAGAACCGAAGUCACCCUCUCAACUAGAGUCUCUACCUGAGCAAUCAAAGCUGCAGCCACAGUCAAUAUCCGAAUCUGAGUCACUUGCUCAAGAUGGUUUGCAGACUUUCUCGUCAGAACAAUCCCAAUCUAACCCCUCAUCAGAAAGCGUUGGUGCUGAAGCAGAAUCCGAAUCCGACCAGUCGAAAGUCCCACCAGCUCAGCCAAUCCCAGCUGACCAAUCCGAAUCGUUACUAGAAGAGCAACCGGAAUCUUUGCCAGAAGGUCAACCAGCAAGCCAGGCAGGGUCACCCGCACAGUCGCUUCCAGAAGCUGUACCAGAUUCUGCUCAAGGCAAAUCGGAAGCUGUAUCCGAGCCCAUUCCCGAAGUCCCUCCAACAGAACCAACUGCAGACUCUCUCUCAGAUGCUGAAACUUUAUCUGGAAGUCAGUCGGAGGUUCCACCGGAAAUAUCCGAGUCUCUGCCAGAAUCUCGUCCAGAGUCCCUUCCAGAUGUGCCUGAAGUAGCAGCCACUCAUCCCACCGAAUCCCCCUCUCAGAGCUCUGAUGAGGAGUACGAACCUCCAGGAUUUGAAGAGGCUUCUUCCACCCCAUAUCCGGCCGGUGUAGCAUUCUCGUCACAGUCAGCAGGUACCCUUGAAGGAAGGACGUAUGUCGAAUGGUUCAACGAGAUUGUCGGAUUCUAUCUCACCGAGCAGAUGUUUUCUGAUCUCACAAUUUUGAGUCUGCUCCCUCGUCAGAAAGAGGCCAAGCUGCUUGAAAGAUACAACACCUCAAAAGGUUCGAACGUCAACGUUCAUAUCAACUUCGACGCAACCACCUCGUUCAACAAACCAAAUUCCAGUCAAAUACCGCUUGUUCCUGUUAAUCCACUGUGUUUACGACCCGAUCUGGAUCAGAAGAUGAGCUACGAUGAGGAAGUUGCGUAUGCAAAGUACCAGAGCAACCUGGCUAAAGUUGCCAAGAUGAGAGACGAGGAAUUCCCCGAGAAUUCCAGGCUGUACCUGGGCAAACUGGCCACUUCAAGGUUAAACGAUGAGUUAUUGUUCCGUGUAUUCCAUCCUUAUGGAACUGUUAUCAGACUCUCUUUGAAAACAGGAUAUGGCUUCGUGCAAUUUUCAAACGCUGAGGAGGCUGCAUUGGCAUUAAAGGCAGAGAUGAACGUUCCACUGAUGGGUUCCCCGGUGACUCCAGAGGUGUCCACUGCGACACGCAAAAACAUAAAGGGCGACAGUAAUGAUGGUCUGAAUCAGACAUCGAACUCUAACAAAAGAUCCAGACGCAACGACUCUGGUAUCGAGGCAAAGGUGUUUUUGACAGCUGAUUCGAGGCCAAAGUACAACACGGCCUUAGAGCUAAAUCUCGUCAAGAGUGGUAUUGCCUUUGAGAAAGAGAUGACUGGAAAUCAUUCAGAUAUGCUUGAUCCUGACCAUGUCACGGAGGCUGCUUACGACGGCAAGACCUUGACAAUAGUCACCAAGAACAGUUGUCUAGAUCUGGUCACUUACCAGAAGACCCCAGAGGGAUCCAUAAAGUUUGACGAGUACUCUGGGAUCUCGAUAGACGAAGCCAUGGGGAUCAUUGAAGAACUCAAGAGGAAAUUGGGUCCAAAGAGGCCCAAAGGGCAGGACCGGGAAGGUUAUUCACGAAACGGAUACCGCGAAAAUCAAAACCGGAACCGCGCUCCUGCUGCCACUUCUGGAGCAAAUCAGAUUCCAGUGAACCCAAGAAGAGUUCACUCUCAACCCUCUUACUCUCAGCCCCAGCAAUACCCUCCUUAUAAUGCCCAGCCCUACGGUUCCCAGUACCCGGCCGCUCCAGUUCAAGCCCAGCAACUUGUACAGGCUCUUCAAGGCUUGGACCCCAAUACUCUUCAAACCGUUUUGAGUAUUGCUCAACAACAACCAGCCCAAUUGCAGCAACUUGGCUACGGACAGCCUCCACAGGGCUAUCCACCUCAGCCACGGCCUGAGAAUUUCCAGGGAUAUCCGCAACAGUUUCCCAGCCAGGCUCCUACUGGUAUUCCAAACCAAGCACCAAACGCAAUUCCAAACCAAUAUCAGAACCAGUAUCAAAACCAAUACCAGAACCAGAACCAGAGCGUGCCGCCUCAACAACCUCCGAGAAAUGGUGGUGGUUCAACGGAUCUAUUUGAGACGUUGGCAAGACUGAGGGAUAAUACCUGA